AUGGUACCAGAGCAGGAAUGGGCUCUUCUUGUUGGUGACUUGUUAUGUGGCAUUGCAGGUCUUGUUGCUCUUGGAUUCAUCCUUAUAUUUCAUCGCUAUCGUUGCAUCAUUAUACGACGAUUAUUAUUCACGAUAACUGUUCUUUAUACAUUUCGUGCUAUUUGCCUUGCUGUUACGCAUAUUCCAGCAAGUUAUGAAAAUAAUCAUCAGUUAGUUUCAGUGCCGAAAAUACUGGUUAAAAAUUAUCUUUUUUUGUAG